GCCGAAGAGGAGCGGUGCGGCCCUGUAAAAGCGCCGAAGCAUUAUCCCCGGGUUGGAAGGUUCCUGGGUGUUCUCCUUCGUGAUCUACGUUUAUGUCUGCCUACAUUCUGGGCCAUGGACACAACCUUUAGCAGUAAUAAUAUUCGUGUUUUAAUACCUACCUAGUAAAGCCAAGGAUCGUUUGGAAAAUAAGAAGAGGCUGGAUUGAUUGCAGACUCUGGUUGAGGCUUGUUGGCCAGUGAAUGCAUAGAGUGAAGAAGGUCAAACUUGGAGACAAAACAGAAGGUUACUGGAAAAGUUAUUUAGAAGGGAAUAUGACGGCGGUGGACGGGCUAACAGACAGCACAGAUGUGGUGGAGAUGGAGGACGUUCCAUCUCAGUUCUAUGUGGAGAAGCACUCGUGGGGCGGCCUGCGUGACAUCAUCCACAGCAGCAGGAAGUACUCCGGAAUGAUCGCCAACAAAGCGCCCCAUGACUUCCAGUUUGUGCAGAAAAACGAUGAGUCAGGCCCCCACUCCCAUCGACUGUACUACCUCGGAAUGCCUUACGGAAGUAGAGAGAACUCACUGCUCUACUCGGAAAUCCCCAAGAAGAUCCGGAAAGAGGCCCUCUUGGUGUUGUCGUGGAAACAGAUGCUGGAUCACUUCCAGGCCACGCCGCACCAGGGGGCCUAUUCCCGGGAAGAGGAGCUCCUCAGGGAGCGGAAGCGCCUGGGAGCGUUUGGGAUCACUUCCUAUGACUACCACGCCCAGACCGGCCUGUUCCUCUUCCAGGCCAGCAACAGCCUCUUCUAUUGCCAGGACGGGGGAAACAAUGGCUUCAUCCAGUCUGCGCCCAUUAAGCCGGUGGAGAUUAAGACACAGUGCUCAGGGACCCGCAUGGACCCCAAGAUCUCCCCAGGACAGCCCAACUUCAUUGCUUUCAUCAACAACAACGACCUGUGGCUGGCUAACCUCAAGUCUGGGGAGGAGAGGAGACUCACCUUCUGUCACAAAGGUCUGGAUAAUGUGAAGGAGGACCCCAAGUCUGCGGGCGUGGCCACGUUUGUGAUCCAGGAGGAGUUUGACCGCUUCACUGGCUACUGGUGGAGUCCCUCUGCCGUAGAGGACUCAGAUGGGGGCAAAACUCUGUACCUGCUGUAUGAAGAGGUGGAUGAGACGGAGGUAGAGAUCAUUCAUGUUCCCUCUCCAGCCUUGGAGGAGCGAAAGGCCGACGCCUACAGAUACCCCCGCACAGGCAGUAAAAAUCCUCAAACCACCCUGAAACUGGCUGAGAUAAAGACUGACAUACAAGGAAAAAUCGUGAGCAUACAAGACAAGGAGCUAGUUCUCCCCUUCACCUCCCUGUUCCCUGGGACGGAGUACAUCUCCCGCGCAGGAUGGACGACUGAUGGCAAAUAUGGUUGGGCAGUGCUGUUGGACCGCAGUCAGAGGAGGCUCCAGCUGGUGCUGCUGCCCCCGGCCCUCUUCAUCCCCGUCACAGACGACCUGGCCCAGAGGCAGAAGAACCUGGAGGCUGUGCCCCAUGACAUCCAGCCCUACAUCGUCUACGAGGAGACCACCGACAUCUGGAUCAAUGUUCAUGAUAUUUUCUAUCCAUUCGUUCAAACGUCAGAGGACGAGUUCUCUUUCAUAUGGGUGAAUGAAUCCAAAACGGGCUUCAGCCAUCUGUACAAAAUCACAUCAACAUUGCAACCAGGCUGCUACCAAUGGUCAGGAAGCUACGAAUACACAGAGGGAGACUUUAAAUGUCCAAUCAAGGAGGAGAUGACUCUGACCAGUGGGGAGUGGGAGGUUUUGGCAAGGCAUGGCUCCAAGAUCUGGGUGAAUGAGGCCUCUAAGCUGGUGUACUUCCAGGGCACUAGAGACACUCCCCUGGAGCACCACCUCUAUGUGGUCAGCUAUCAGUCCCCAGGAGAUGUGGUCAGACUCAGCAAGCCUGGCUUCUCCCACAGCUGCUCUGUAAGCAAGAACUUUGAUAUGUUUGUCAGCCACUACAGUAACGUGAGCACUCCCCCCUGUCUCCACAUCUACAAGCUGACUGGCCCAGAGGGAGACCCUCUCCACAUGGUUCCUGAGUUCUGGGCCAGCAUGAUGGAAGCCCCAGGUUGCCCAGGAGACUACAAAUCUCCGGAGAUCUUUGACUUCCCGGGAAAGUCAGGCUUCCAGCUCUAUGGAAUGGUGUACAAGCCUCACAACCUCCAGCCUGGCAGGAAGCAUCCCACAGUCCUCUUUGUCUACGGUGGCCCGCAGGUCCAGUUGGUGAAUAACACCUUCAAGGGGAUGAAGUACCUGCGUCUCAACACCCUGGCCUCUCUGGGAUACGCUGUGGUGGUCAUCGACGGGAGAGGCUCCUGUCAGAGAGGCCUGAAGUUUGAAGGGGCUCUGAAAAACAAAAUGGGCCAGGUGGAGAUUGAAGACCAGGUGGAGGGGCUUCAGUACGUGUCAGAGAGGUUCAACUUUGUGGACCUGAGUCGCGUGGCGAUCCACGGCUGGUCCUACGGAGGCUUCCUCUCCCUCAUGGGCAUCAUCCAGAGACCCAACAUCUUCAAGGUGGCCAUAGCAGGCGCUCCCGUGACGGUGUGGAUGGCGUACGACACGGGUUACACAGAGCGCUACAUGGAUACACCUGAUAACAACCAACAGGGCUACGAGGAGGGCUCCGUGGCACUGCAUGUGGACAAGCUGCCCAGCGAGCCAAACCGCUUGCUGAUUUUACAUGGAUUCCUUGAUGAGAAUGUUCACUUUUUCCACACCAACUUCCUGGUAUCACAAAUAAUCCGCGCUGGGAAGCCAUAUCAGCUACAGGUCUACCCCAAUGAGCGACACAGUAUUCGCUGCCCAGAGUCAGGAGAACACUAUGAGAUCAUGCUGCUGCACUUUCUACAACAAUACCUCUGAAAGUCAACCCCCCUCCCCCCUCUACCCCAUUCUGAAACCAACUGUAUACCUCCCCCGAAACCUCCUCAACCCAGGCAUAAAGACCUCUCUGCAGCCACACCCAACUACUCCCAAUUUUACCAUGAACUGGUGAUCUCACUCAAUUAUACCUCCACCUGUCUCGGUCGCUUGCUAUCUCUCUCUCUCGCUCUGUUCUAUUCUUCCGAUCUCUCGUCCCUGCACCUAAGGAGAUCCAAGGCAGGGUUGUCAAGUUUCACCUCGGACUGUGCUGUCACAAUCCCUCUCUAAUUGUCUUCCCUUUCUCUGGAUUGUUUUGCCAAAUGUUUUUCUUUUUCCUCCAUUUUAUUCACUCAAGUCAGUGGUAGGAUUGGGUUUCCUCGAAUACGAAAUGGAAUCUAUACACACACACACACGCAGCAUAUUGGAGUUGGUGUAAUGGCUAGAGGAAGAAACCCUGCCUUUACUUGCGUUCAUUAACUAUUUUAAGUGUGUAUUGUUAAAAAAAAGAAAAUAUUUUUAUGGAUUCUUAUUCUUUUAUAAUGAGUGUCAAAUGAAGUCGCUCAUUGACAUAAUACAGUAAUUUUCUCUCCUCACAUUGCAGUGCUCAAGGUGUCGGCUUGCCUUCUGAAGACAUACCAUGUAUGCCAAAGUACUUCUUGACUUGAUCGUGCUGGUAUUUCCUUUUUUACGGCAAUUACGAUACGAGUAUGAGCAGCCAAGUCUUAAACAGCUUUGUACCACCUGAAUAAAAAUGUAAACAUGAUGAUGAUGAAGAAUAAAUACAUGUAUGAUGAAA